ACCGCGCUCAUUGUCACUCCAGCUCUCCUCACACACAAGGGUAUUAGUGCCGCUCAGCAGCCUGAAGCUCCAGAAGCCGCUGCCCUCCCCUUGAGCCUUCUUCGCAGACAAAAAACUGGAGUAAUUGCUUUUCCUUACCAGGUCUGAGCAGACCCCGGACUUUUCUGCUUCAUCCAUAAGUGAAGGCAGCACUUUGAGGUGACGUGUCCCCUCCCCGGCGUCCCAGCAGGCAGGCAUGGCAGACGGUCGGCAGCCGGAUGAGCACUGGGCCUCAAACGGCCAAGAGAACGGCGAGAAUGGGUACUCCGCCUACAGCUCUGCAUACAGGGAGAACGGAUACCACGGUGGGGCAGCUGCACACCCUGGGACGACAGUGGAUGACUCAGCCAAUUUGCCUCCCUCCCCUCCCCCCUCUCCAUCCGCUGAGCAGAUUGGGCCCGUGGCACAAGCCCAGCCAGAAGAAUGUGUCAGCAAGGCACCAUGUGAGUCUGCCACGAAAGAAGAGGAAACUCAAGGGGCAUCCAUUCCUCAGGAGGGUACAGUUGCAAGAGCAACCACUCAAAGUGAAGAACUUGCCUCGAUUGAACCUUCAUCGCCCCUUGUAAAAGGGGAAGAGCUCCUCGAAACCUCCUCAACUGAGCCAAGGGAUCUAGCGGAGGAGUCAGAAAUGACUCACCUGCUUGUAAAGUUUGAAGCCAAAGAAGCAAAACAACCUUCAUUCACAGAAGAGUUGUCAGAUCGUGUGGAGGAAGAACAAGGGGAACGUAUCCUACAAACUAAAUCAGAAAGUCCCUCUUGUCAAGGCCAAGAUAGUAGCAUUGACAUUACGGAGGAUAAGCCGCCCGUGACUGAUGAUAAUAGGCAAGAAACCAUCAAGUCAAGAACAGACCAAGCUACAGAAUUAGAAGACAUAUCAGAUAUAUUUUCAGAGGAAGAGUCUGGUGCAAAAACAUACUUUGAAACGUCCUCAGAAAGCAAGGAAGCCCAAAGCUAUUAUGAACUCAGCACAGCAGGAGAGCCCCAAUCAAGUGGAGAAACCAAAAGGGAUAUGCAGAUUAUUGAGGAAAAACAAGAGACAAGUACCACAACAGCUCCUGGACAGAUGUCACUGGAACAAAGAAGUGUUUCUCUCAACAUUACAGAUGGGUCUCCAGCAGGACAUCCAGCAAAGAGAGAGAAGUCAGAGGCCUUCUUGGAAAGUUUGGGUCCAAUAAGUGGAAGUUUUGAGGAAUCUGAGGUAUACCCUUCAACACCAUUUGUAGAAAGCCCAUGUCAGUUUCCUCCAGCUGUCUCAAUCACCCAAACUACCACAGAGUCUUUUGAAGAUACACCCAACAAGGAAGAACAGCCUUCUGAUUCUAGAUUUGAACAUUUGGGCAGCCUCUCCGAGAUGCUGGACCUGGCCGGGGCCCCUCUGUCAGCCGAGAGGAAGGAGCUCGACCACCUGAGACGAAAAUCCAUGCCAUGCAAUGUAUCUGCUCUGGUGGAGAGUUCUUUGGCCAAGCUGGCCUUUGGGGAUGAAAUCCCAGAAGGGGCAGGAGAGGAAGGCCAGCUGGAGGAACUGGGUUACUGUGUCUUCAAUGAGUACACAGGGCCCAUGCCUUCACCUGCUGACAUACAAAGUCCUGGGGACUCGCCACACCAGCGUUUUCCUUCUGAGGAGAGUGAGGUUGAGGAGGAAACUGGCACCAAGGUAGUUGAAGAUGUCCAAAAAAGACUUCAACAACAAGAUUGUAAAGGAACUAUCCCUGAGAUUUCUCAAAAGACAGUUCUUGACAAGAAAGAUUCCCCAGUGAAGUCUUCCCUGAUUCUUGAAAAAGCUGUGCCAAGCGGAAUUAAACCGGAUCGUCUAAGAAUUCCAAUGACUUCUACAAAAGACAGACUGACUGAGUUCCGUUUGGAGACUGGCCUCCCCGGUGACAUCAAGAUCCAAGCAAUACCUGAGGUAGAGAUUGAAAAAGAUCCCUCCAGAGAGGCAUCUCCUAUCCCGCCAGACAGCUCUUUUACUUUCAGUUCUUCAGAAACUGGAAUCAGAACUCCAACAACCCCCAAAUCCCCAGAUGAUACAAAAUCAGCAGCCUCCGAAGAGGAGGUAAGGAAAGACCUCUCACCAGAGGUCAAGACAGAAAGCAAACAAGAGUUUGGGAAGACGGAUGAUCAGUCAACAAAGUUAGAGAAGGCAUUAGAAAAAUCUGUACAGAGGGAAUCUGAGGAAACCAGUGAUGACCAAGGAAUGGCUGACAAAGAACUACCAGCCACAGCAUCAUCGUCUUUAGAAGAAGGUGCAAAAGAAGGCGACCAUGGGAUACCCAUGGUAUUAGAAGGAAUGGCUGACAAAGAUAUGCCAGCAAAAGCAUCAAGGUCUUUAGAAGAAGGUGCAAAAGAAGGUGACUGUGGGAUACCCAUGAUAAUAGAAGGAAUGACUGACAAAGACAUGCCAGCCAAAGCAUCAAAGUCUCCAGAAGAAGGUGCAAAAGAAGGCGACCAUGGGAUACCCAUGAUAUUAGAAGGAAUGGCUGACAAAGACAUGACAGCCAAAGCAUCAAAGUCUCCAGAAGAAGGUGCAAAAGAAGGUGACCAUGGGAUACCCAUGAUAUUGGAAGGAAUGGCUGACAAAGACAUGACAGCCAAAGCAUCAAAGUCUCCAGAAGAAGGUGCAAAAGAAGGUGACCAUGGGAUACCCAUGAAAUUGGAAGGAAUGGCUGACAAAGACAUGACAGCCAAAGCAUCAAAGUCUCCAGAAGAAGGUGCAAAAGAAGGUGACCAUGGGAUACCCAUGAAAUUGGAAGGAAUUGCUGACAAAGACAUGACAGCCAAAGCUUCAAAGUCUCCAGAAGAAGGUGCAAAAGAAGGCGACCAUGGAAUACCCAUGAUAUUAGAAGGAAUGGCUGACAAAGACAAGACAGCCAAAGCAUCAAAGUCUCCAGAAGAAGGUGCAAAAGAAGGUGACCAUGGGAUACCCAUGAAAUUGGAAGGAAUUGCUGACAAAGACAUGACAGCCAAAGCUUCAAAGUCUCCAGAAGAAGGUGCAAAAGAAGGCGACCAUGGAAUACCCAUGAUAUUAGAAGGAAUGGCUGACAAAGACAUGACAGCCAAAGCAUCAAAGUCUCCAGAAGAAGGUGCAAAAGAAGGUGACCAUGGGAUACCCAUGAUAUUAGAAGGAAUGGCUGACAAAGACAUGACAGCCAAAGCAUCAAAGUCUCCAGAAGAAGGUGCAAAAGAAGGUGACCAUGGGUUACCCUUGAUAUUAGAAGGAAUGGCUGACAAAGACAUGACAGCCAAAGCAUCAAAGUCUCCAGAAGAAGGUGCAAAAGGUGACCAUGGGAUACCCUUGAUAUUAGAAGGAAUGGCUGACAAAGACAUGACAGCCAAAGCAUCAAAGUCUCCAGAAGAAGGUGCAAAAGAAGGUGACCGUGGGAUACCCAUGAUAUUAGAUGGGAUAGAAAAGCAAGAUCGACCUAAAACUGGUCAGGAUUCUGGUACUAAGAAGCCUUCAGAAGAGAAAUUACAAGAAGUUAAAAGGGAUAAAGGUUUAUCGAAGCCUCAAAUAUCCUCCCCAGUUAUCAUCAUACCACAAGCACAAGUAGAAGAAGAAGCAGAUGAAGACGACGAUAUAGAGAUUGCUGAAGAGCCUCAAGAGAUGAUGGAGGAACCGGAAGUGCCUGCAUCUACAGAGUUAGACAAAGCAGUUCGAGAUGUCAAGGUGGUAGAGCAAAAGAAAGUAGAGGUGAUGCUGAUGGUAGAGGAUCAUUUAGUGGAUGACGAUCCCAAGUCUGGAGCAGAGGAAUGGAGUCAUAGUGCCCAAAAUAGUGAUGGGGAGCCUGCGACAGACAGUUCGCACUUGUCUCCAUGCUCGGACCAUGAUCAACUGGACAGUGGUAGAAAUGAAGGAAUGGGAGAAGAUAAAGUAGAACAAGUAGGCAGGCUUGGAGGGAAGGAGGAGGAGGUUAAGGAGGAAGAAAAAGACCAACCAAAGGACAAAGAAGUGGAGGAAGUUUGCUCCAAUAAGGUACUUGAAGAAAGGGAAUACAAAACCAAAGAAGAAGAGGAUAAGAAGGAGGAGAGAGGGGGUGAGGAUGUUGAGGAGAGAGAGAUUGAGAUUGGUCAGGAGGUAGAAGAGACCUCAGAUGUUAUAGGCCACGCGUCAAACGAUGAAACCACGAUGGACGUCUCCAUCCUAGAUACUGACAGUGGCUGGAUGGAUGCGCAAGAUGAUGACAAAAGUAUUGUGACAGAGCAAAUCGAAGCUCUUCCUCAGAUCCAGAGUCCAACCAGACCACCUGUGAUGGACAAACCCGCUAAACGGGCCCUUGGUAGAGGAAGAGGCCGCCCUGGUACUACUGAGAGUAAAGCCUCCCGCAAAGUACCCAUCCACCAUCCACCAAGAGAGGAGAUCAAGAAGAAAAAAGUAACCAUGAGGAGGGCUGACCAGAGUAAGGUGUCAGCCCUCCAAAAUCGUUCUCCGUCUCGAAAGAGCGUUGGCAAAGUGACGGCCAGACAUCCUAGGCCUGCUCUGCUUCACGGCUCUGCUAGACGCAAGGCCACAGGUAUGGAAAGCCAUCAGCCCCUCAGUGUGGCCCACCAGUCCAGGGAGAGGACUACUAGCCCCACACGAGCUGUUCUGUUAAAGAUGGCAGUUCAGCGCCGGGCGGCUGAAUACUCACCCACUCGGCCCAGCUCUGCUUUUAGCAUAAAACGGAUCCCUCUGGACGAGGCGGAGUUUAAUGAAGUCCGCCCCGCCUCUGCAUGCUCCCGCAAGGCCCCACAGUCAAAAACAUAUCAAGAGCAGGAGAGAUCAUACCGCAGCCCUGAGAAAAGGUCGUCCCUGCCUAGGCCUGCCAAGUCUCUGACACGCCACAUCCCUGCUGCCGAACAGGAAGACAACAGCACCCCCUCUAGGCCAACCUCGUUCCAGUCCAGAGCGGACACCAGGUCUGGAAGAACUCCUGGUAUGGCAGGCACAGAAUCAGCACGUUCCCGAUCAGUCCGCAGCGGCGCCUCCACCCCCGGCUCCUCUGCCGUCACACCUGGCACACCCCCAAGCUACUCCUGCCGCACACCAGGCUCUCGCACCCCUGGCAGCCACACGCCCAAGUCCUUCAGCGUCCUCCAGGAGAAGAAGGUGGCAGUGAUCCGAACCCCUCCAAAGUCCCCGUCCUCCGCCCAGCGGCAGCUGAAGGUUCUUAAUCAGCCUCUGCCUGACCUGAAGAAUGUAAAGUCCAAGAUCGGAUCCACCUCCAACCUCAAGCACCAGCCGAAGGGCGGACAGGUCAUGAUCCCGAGCGUCAAACUGGACUUCAGCCACGUUCAGGCUAAGUGCGGCUCCCUGGACAAGAUCCAGCACAUGGCGGGAGGCGGAAACAUCCAAAUCCAGACCAAGAAGAUUGACUUGAGCCAUGUCACCUCCAAAUGUGGCUCCAUGUCCAACAUCCACCACAGACCAGGGGGAGGCAACGUGCGCAUCGAGAAUGUGAAGCUGGACUAUAAAGACAAGGCCCACGCCAAGAUUGGCUCCCUGAGCAACGCCAGCCACACUCCUGGAGGCGGGAAUGUCAUGAUUGAGAACCACAAGCUGUCCUUCAGGGAAACAGCCAAAGCUCGGGUGGAUCACGGCGCUGAAAUCAUUGUCACCCACUCCCCUGGUGUGGAGACGGGAGGAACCUCUCCUCGUUUGUCCUCCGCUGGCAGCAUCAACCUCCUGGAAUCGCCGCAGCUCUCCACGCUGGCCCAGGAUGUCACCGCCGCCCUCGCCAAGCAAGGCUUAUGAGCUGUCUGCCUCAGAUCCCGUCUUAAUAAAUCCACACCAUCACUCCUCUUCUCCUAUCAUUCACUCAUCCAGUGUUCUCCCACGGUCCUCAAACACAACACAAGCCCUCCACUGAUCCCACAGUUGUAGUUGAUUGACUUCCUCGUCUAUCAACUUCUUCUCCAGUCCUUCCAGCAGGAUUUCAAAAACUGAAAUAUUCUUCAUUCACCCCCUCAAAAAAGGGACAUGCCCAGCCACUUUUAUUUCUUUUUAUUUCUCCUUCACUAAAAAUAAGGACUUUUUUGUUCUAGCUAGCUUGAAUGCUGAAGAAGAUUUGCGUGGCUGUUUUGUCUGAGAAGGUAUUGAAGGGUUUUUACGAUUGUACAGCGAUUUUUUUAGCGUGAAAAGCUUCACAUUCCACUUGUACUGGAAUACAACUCAACUCAUGCAUUAUUUCUAUUCAGAAUUGCUAUGGUACCAUGACGCAAGUUUUGACAUGUGGUUCAGAGAAUGGCUGAUUAGCAUGUAUGCUAACGCGACGACACGAGCUUUUGUUUGUUCAUUGGUUGGUUCAUGAUUUCAUGAUAUGUGCUGAAUUGUUGGACAAAUUGUGUUUUCUUUUUAUAUAUAUGUCACUGUAGUGGAAGUUGUUACAGUUUUUGUAUGUUCCCUGUGGCUGAACUGGCUUAUUAGCACGUAAGCUCAUGCAGUUGUGUUGCUAAGAGGCUAGCUUUCUAAUAGUUAUGUUUUUGCAAACCAAUUGGCUGCACUUUUUCUCAGUUUUUACGUUAGCUCUGUGGUUUUAUUAGGCUAAACCAAUGCGGUUAUGCUGGCAUGGCAAAUAAAUGCUAAAUGAAUUAGAUCUAUUUGGAGCAAUCUUAAAGUUUUCGGUAUGAGUGGGUGCAUUUUAGUGAUCAAGUUCAGAUCCACAGAUUCCCUUAAAGGCCCUGCGCCCUUUUAUUCCUCUUGCUGAGUUGUACAAAUGUUUUUGAAUGGGGAACAAAGCCGAAAGAUGAUUUGAAAAGUGGAAGCUUUAUAUGAAAACAUUCCAGUGACGUAGCAGCUACCAGGCCCUUUUCAUAGGAUUGAACUUUUCUGUAAGUGAAGCAGAAAUGACCUUCAGAACUUGCAGCUGUUAGAAACAAUAUAAACAAUGUUAAUAAAAGAAAAAAACAAUCUCUGCUCACCAUUGUGAAACUCCUCUGCCUCCCCCCCGGUGUCGGUUAUCCCUCCAGUGUUUUCUGUGCUUCCUAUACCCUUGCCUCCCUCCUCCUGCGGACCCCAUUUUGCCUGUGUAAGUGUAUUUAAAAGACCAUGUAGAUGUGUGCACACUUUUCCGAUGUUUGAGACAUACUGAUGACAAAUGCUCCUACAGGAUGAUGACAACAGAAAUAAAGAAAAUAAAAACCGGUUCA